AUGAAGCAAGCAGUCUGUCUGCUCUGGUUGCUGUUGUUGUUCUCCACAAGUGGAACAACCGCUCUGCAAGCCCCGUACGGUACCCCAGAAUUUGUUUCGUUGUCAAGUAAACAGUGGCCCUCUGCUUCGAAAUGGGCUUCGUUGAACGCAUCCCUGGGAGGACGACUCGACAUUCUGCGACCUUGGGCUGCUGUAUGUUAUUCCUCCGAUACCCUGUUCAACUACGAGGAGUGCCAGACAGUGCUUAAGGGGUACGACAACGACACAAUGCGGGAAAGUGCCUCAGCAGCUCUGCUGUGGGCAAACUGGGAGGCGUGCGGCUACGGGAAUGGGUGUCCCCUGAAUUAUAGCAACCCCCAGAUCAUUCACGAUCAGGUGUGUCACCAGGGCACUACGCCUCCGUAUAGCAUCGCAAUCAGGAAUGCAAGCGACGCGAGUAUUGUCAUGAAAUGGGCCGUGAAGAACAAAGUAAAAUUGACGGUCAAGAACACGGGACACGACUACCUUGGGAGAUCGGCAGCUCCAUCAACACUCCAGGUAAAUACACACAGUAUGAGCGAUAUGUCAUACGUCCCCGAGUUUGUGCCACAAGGAUCCACUGCAGCGCCCGUGUCGGCGUUGACUAUUGGUGCGGGCGCACAGCUUUACAAUAUAUAUGAUUAUGCAGGGAAGAUGAAUUUCUCUGCUGUAUUAGGAGCAUGCACUACUGUCGGAGCUGCUGGCGGGUAUUUACAGGGCGGUGGACAUGGAGUGUUGACACCUGCAUAUGGGCUCGGAGCUGAUCACGUGCUUGAAGUUGAGAUCGUGACUGCUGAUGGACUUAUAAGAACCAUCAAUGCUUUCCAGGACCCUGAGCUCUUCUGGGCUGUAAGAGGCGGAGGCGCUGGAAGCUGGGGAAUCAUCACGUCCAUGACAAUCCAAACAUACCCUGUCAUCGGCAUUGGGGCGUCUCUUCUUGUUAUUGAGCCAAAUUCCUCCCAAAACUUGACUACACUUGCUAUUGAUUUUAUUGCGCUCGUUGGCAAGUACCAAAACGACUUCGUCAACUCUGGUAUCGUAUCGGUUCUGAUUCCGUUUAAGGCACAGUACAUCCUUAACUUUUACUUCCCUACCACGACAUCACACAUCUCGACACUCUACCCACUUUUCUCCGAACUUCUCACACUUUCGUCCAAUUACAGCAUAGCAUCAAACACAACCUCAGCAACGAUGUUUGCGUCCGUCACAGCCGCCGAAACGGAGAACAUCGGGCCUUUCUUCGAUAGCGUUAACCUCUAUGGUGCAUCGAACCAGCUGUCCUCCCGUCUCAUCCCACAGUCGCGCCUGUCAACCUCAACGUCAAUUCAAGACGUAGCAGAAGCGAUCUGGGCAGGAAGCCAAAUUCUUAGUGAACCUCUCCUGUCCGGUCCGGCGGGUACCUUCGGUGCGGUCCCGCCGUUUUUAUUAGGGAAUAUGCCAGCUGCCACACGCCAGAAGGCGAACGAGACAGGUGCGAACCCUGGGUUGUAUGAAGCCGCGUGGCAUGUGGUCUUUGCGUCCUACAGAGCAUCGACAAGCGAUGCCAAUGAGACGACUAGCAAUGCGAUCGCGGAAGCAGUCCAUAGUGCAACUGACCCUCUUACUGCGCUCGGCAUUACGAGCAGUUAUCAGAACGAAGGCGACGCUUUCGAGGUGAACUGGCAGCAAGCGUUCUUUGGGUACAAAUACGCAAAUUUGUCUUCCAUAAAGCAAAAGUACGAUCCUGGGAACUUCUUCACCACUUACAAGGGUGUGGCCUCAGUAACCAAUCUUAAGGCAUAUCAAUGUUACGAUGAAGACUUGCCCGCCGAUUCGUGA